UCGCGUCCAGCCUCUAUAGCACCGAAUUCUAAGCGAUCCUUAUGUAAUCUAAAAACUCCAUCUCCUUUCGACUCUUUGAAAUUGGAAGGUUGGUAUGAGAUGAAUAUCUGGAGUCACCUUAUUGAUCCUGCCUUCUACAAUGUGAAUAUCGAUUUAAUUCGUGGUGAAGGGAUGAGUCUUGCAUCGAGCGACAGGAAAAACGUUGAAAGAACGACAAGUGAUAGAAAGAAGGUUGGUCGAAAAGGAGAUGGAGUUUUUAGAUUACAUAAGGAUCGCUUAGAAUUCGGUGCUAUAGAGGCUGGACGCGACUGGGAAGGACAAUGUGGAUCAAAAAUUAUUACGGAUUCAUUAAAGAUAUGUAAAAUGUUAAAAGACAUGUUAAACCAGCUUGCAAUUGAGUGUAACAUGAAGGAAAACCAUGUGAGAAAAUUACGUGUAGUAGGGAUGCUUCAGAGUGGGAAUAGAAUGCAGGUCAUCACGGCUGACCUCUCCAAGGG